GGGGGGACAGAGAGCGAGAGAGAGAGAUGGGAUCUCAUCGAACGGCGGUAGGCGUGGGGGGGUGGGUGUUAGGGCUGGCGCUGGCGUCGGCGUCGUGGUGUCUUGCCGUGGAAGCGGAUGGAGGAGGAGGAGGAGGAGGAGGAGGAGGGGCGAAAGGGCGGUUGCUGCUGGGCUUCAGGGAGACGCAGGGGAACGCUUCCUUUCAGUGCUCUCCCUCCGGCCCCUGCCUCCCCUGCCAGUACUCCGAAAAGAAUGAUGAGAAGUAUCGUUGCAGUGAAACUGGCUAUCGUGUGCCAUUAAAAUGUGUAGAAAUACAAGAUGGUGUGAAUGAUGAAAUUAAUAAAAUCCACAGAAGGCUCUCCUCUCUUCAAGAGCAUAGCAAAGCAGUGCAGAAAAAUUUGCUUACUGCAAUAACUAAUUACAAAUGGAGAAAGUUGUUGGACGAUUCAUUCACCUCCGAAGGUGGGAAACGGGGUUACAUCACCUAUAGGAGCUGUGUUCCAGUUGACGAUGAAGAAAAGUUGUCAGUCCUUGGUUUUGAGGUGAUUAUGGUGGGGCUGUUACUUAUCAGCGGGCCGGUUGUAUAUUUAAGGCAAAAACGUACUAUAAUCAUGCCAGGAGCUGGAGCUAUGAGAAUCCCAACCAACUCUCCUAGGUUCUAGUGGAGCAGACCAAGGAUGGGCCGAUCCACUACACGAAUAUCAUCCUGUGUAACCUGUUUGUUGUGAUUUUCCUUUUCAUCUCCUUUUAAUUUGCUCUUUUACUUAGAUCUGGCAUGGCCAAGGUAACAUUAUAUUUUAUUGUCUGUAAAGAGAAGAAAUGAAGCUUCAUGAUCAAUUCCUUGUAGCAUGAUUUAAUUCUUAUAAAAGUUUAUUUACUAUUUCC